AUGCCUCGCCAACAACGCCGUGCCGCCCCUACCCCUGCGCGCAGCGCUCCUACCCGCCCGACUCCGGCCCCUGCCCGGCCUGCGCCAGCUCCCCAGCAACAGCAGCAUCACUCAACCGCUGCCUCUCCACAACAGCAGGCUCCUCCCAUGCAACAGGCCCCUCCAGUGCAACAAAGCCAGGGCCCUGGCCUUUUUGGCCAGAUGGCCUCCACCGCUGCCGGUGUCGCUGUUGGCUCCUCGAUCGGCCAUGCCAUCGGCGGUCUCUUCAGCGGCGGUGGGUCUAGCACCCCCGCCGAGGCUGCCCCUGCCUCUCCGGCCCCGAGCCAGGCCAUGGACAACAACCUGUGGCAAAGCAGCGCUUCCAGCGAGGCCUACGAGAACCCAGCCUGCGCCAACGAUGUCCGUAACUUCCGCCAGUGCAUGGACGAUAACCAGGGCAACAUGAGCAUCUGCGGCUGGUACUUGGACCAGCUCAAGGCCUGCCAGGCUGCUGCUAAGCCCUACUAA